CCAUCACCAGCCCAAGGACUCCGCCCACACCCCCUCCUGGCCACCUGUCCCCUCCGUGAGGCCUCAACUUCCCCAAGGCCGAAGCACGCGCUCCCGCCGCGCCCUGUGGCCUCCGCUUGUCCCCCUUCCGGUCGGCGGCGGCGGCCGUCGGACGCGCGGCGCCGCGCUCACUCCGCCGGCGCGGCCUACCUGCGAGAUGAACGCCGAUCGCGCGGGUCCUCUCAAGAUGCUAGCGGAUUGCCCUGGAUCAUUUGCGUGGGUAUACGAACAUCAAAUAGGCACGAAGAGUACUGGAAGAAAUCCAGUGAUCCAUUUUGGAAUGCAAUAUGUUUCCAAAGUUUUGCGGGCCAUGGCCAUAAAUGUCUACUGUCUACUGGGCACGAGUAGAAAAAGGACAAACAAGAGUUUAUGUCAUUGCCACUGUCUUCUCGGAACGUAUGACUAUCGUGCUAUUUUUGUAGGGAACCCCAUUCCGGAAACAAUAAUGCGGCACAGAGCCCCAGGUCCUUCAAAUCUCUGCACAGAUUGGGGAGAACAGCCUAGGACCCAUAGGCUACUGGCAAACAGUGUUGAGAAGGUAACGCAAGUUUUACCAUGUGUUCGGCCGGUGGCAUGCUGCGGUGCCGGUGUUUGUCUGAGGAUGAAGUGAUGCUAAGAGAGAGAAGCAGAAUGGGGAGGGCCCGAACGAACACUACAUGCUGCUUCAGACCUGCAGAGCAGGACCCAUGUCUCUCUCUUCCCAAGGAGAAAAGGGGAAGAAUGGACUUCAUUGAUUUUGGAGCUCAUAUCAUAUGCUUCAAAGUUCUCCCUUUCACCCAUAUUGGCACAGUGACAUGCCAAUGAUUGCAGGCUCCAUGCCUAAUCAAUCUUACAGUAGCCUCAUCAUUCCAUAAAGUUCAACGCUAGUAUUUGGGUAUCUCCUCAAAUUGGGAUCCAAAUCGUCAAGGGUGAAGUGGAACAAUAUUUUGGGAGAGAUGGUACAGUAAUUUAAAGUAUUUGUGUAUUUAUAUGAGACUGUACAAAUAUAUUGUUCAUAAAAAUAUUAUAGCACAGAUUCUUAUUGGUCCAUCGGAAAUCCAACAACUCACGAAGAAUUGAAGU